GGUCCCGGGGCGGGCUCCGGGCUUCGGGCGGACGAUGCGGCGGCGCGGCCGGAGCGGCGGCGGGAAGCGGAGGCGGAGGUGACGCGCCAGGGCCGGCGGGCCCGGCCAUGCAGCGCUCCCGGGCGGCCGCGGACGAGGCGGCCCUGCUCCUGGCCGGGCUGGCCCUGCGGGAGCUGGAGCCGGACGGCGACUCUCUGGGCCGGGGUCGGCGGGUGCCGCGGCCCGGGCUCGGAGACGAGGCGGCGCAGGCGCUGGGCCGCAGAGGGAAGGGCGGCGGCGGCCCCGAGGCCGGGGCGGACGGACUGAGCCGUGGGGAGCGAGGCCCUCGGCGCGCGGCGGCCCCCGAGCUCAGCGCGCAGCCUGCGGGCAGCCCGCGGGCCAGCCUGGCGGGCUCCGACGGCGGCGGCGGCGGCGGCAGCGCCCGUUCCAGCGGCAUCAGUCUGGGCUACGACCAGCGCCACGGCAGCCCGCGCUCCGGCCGCUCGGACCCGCGUCCCGGCCCCGGGCCGCCGUCGGUGGGCAGCGCCCGCUCCAGCGUGUCCAGUCUCGGCUCCCGCGGCUCGGCCGGCGCCUAUGGCGACCUGCUCCUGCCCGGCGCCUGCCCCGCGCCGGCGCGCUCCCCGGAGCCUGCCGGGCCGGCCCCCUUCCCUCUGCCUUCGCUGCAGCUGCCCCCGGGCCGGGAGGGCAGCCCGAGCGCGGCCGAGCGGCGGCUGGAGGCGCUCACCCGAGAGCUGGAGCGGGCGCUGGAGGCGCGCACGGCGCGGGACUACUUCGGUGAGCAGCUCGCCGCGCCCUCCGCUCCCGGCCCCCCGCCUCCCGUCAGCCUCGUCCCGGGUCGGGGUCGGCACCGGGGGGAGAAAAGCGUGUCUCCCGUGGGGCUGGGAAGCCGACGACGUUUGUCUCGCGGAGGGUGUGUGAGUGAGAACCGCCAGGUUUGGGUUUUAUUCGGAACAGCGGCUUCGCUUCUGCUUCCCGGCCGAAGAAGGGGUUCUGGCAGAGAGUUGCCGCACUGUUCUACUCGAUGCUUUGUGAUGAGCCUGUCAGCCGAAGCUGCGGUAGGGGCCGCGGCAUCCCGGUGUUCUCCCCAGCAGUGUGGGAAAUUCAUCCUUAAUCCACUUCACAUCUCUUGGAAGUGGGUGCUGAGAAAUGGAAGCAGAGUCCCCAUCCCUGGUGUCCAGGGACCCAGGGACCCUUGCUCGGCCCUUGUUGUUGCAGGGAGACGACUCCGCGGGAAGGCGUUCUACCAUGUGGGCGAGAAGGUGUACUGCCAGGAGGACUUCCUGUACUCCGGGUUCCAGCAAACGGCUGACAAGUGUAGCGUGUGUGGACACCUCAUCAUGGAGAUGAUCCUGCAGGCCCUUGGCAAGUCCUACCACCCAGGCUGCUUCCGGUGCUCCGUGUGCAACGAGUGCCUAGAUGGGGUACCCUUCACGGUGGACGUGGAGAACAAUAUCUACUGUGUCAGAGACUACCACACGGUUUUUGCACCAAAAUGUGCCUCCUGUGCCCGUCCCAUCCUCCCUGCACAGGGCUGUGAGACAACCAUCCGUGUGGUGUCCAUGGACAGAGACUACCACGUGGAAUGCUAUCACUGUGAGGACUGCGGGCUGCAGCUGAGCGGGGAGGAUGGACGCCGCUGCUACCCCCUGGAGGGCCACCUGCUGUGCCGUCGCUGCCACCUGCGGCGCCUGCGGCCAGGCCCACUUCCCUCUCCUGCAGUGCACGUCACCGAGCUCUGAGCAGGGGCUGGGAGCCUGACCCCGGGGCCGUGUGUGUGCGUGUGUGUGUGCAAGGGAGAGAGAGGGCGCUGUGGGUGACCCGGGCCAGUGUCGGAGCAUUGUGCCAGGGUGGGUGCGGCUGCCACCCCAUCCCACCCCCACUGGCCACCGAGCUGCUGUCCGAGGGGCCGGCCCCGCGGCGAAGCUGCUUCUAUUUAUUCACCGUCUGUGCCUCCUCAGGCCGCUUCCUUCCUUCCGGGUUCUGCCGCUUCCCACGCCCCGCCAUCCCGGCCUUGUGUUCCGGGACCCCUGCGCCCCCGGCCUCGGGGGAGGGCCGCCACCGUGGGUCACGGGGCUGAGGACGGCCACUCACGUGCGGGGCGCGGGGCACGCCGCCCUCCGACUGGCCUCAGGGGCAGCCAGCCUCCCUGUUCAGAGGGGGCCUGGAACCCCCUCCAAGCCCGCGCCGCGGGGCAGGGUGUGGGCGGAGGGCGCGGCGCGUCUACUAAGCGCCUGGCCCGCUGGCGGGCAGGAAGGGUGCCUUGUUUGCGAGGGGGCGAAGAAGGACACUCCUGGGGAGUGGGGACCCCACGGGGGCUCUGCCCUUGGCCAUUAUGGUCACUGAUAUUUGGCCACAAUCCCGCCGGUCUCUUCAUCCCUGGCUUCUGGGACUGUCCCCCGCAUCCCUCAGCCUCGGGGAAGGAACCUUCCCUCGCGAAUAACAGCAGCGGGUCUGGGUCGAGAGACGCCGCGAGGGGGCGCCCUGGCCACGCGGCGGCAGACCACCUGUGGCAGGAAAGCGCCGCGUAUCAGGCCCCACGACAAAAGCCUAUGACUUGACUUAAAUUAAGUUCUUCCUUUGAGAAUAUUUUCAUUUUCUUUAAAAGAAUAUAAUUUUCUCCUAAAAACAUGGCCCAAGGUUGUUAUUUCUUAGGGAAACUACAAGAAACUAGCAAAUGUCCAAUUUGUGUAUCAUAUGGCUGAUUUUCAGGUAGUAAAAACAUUGUAGUUUUUUAUUAUUUUUGUAUAAAUUCCUAAAAUCUCAAAA